AUGCAAUCUAAGACCACGGUCAAAAGAUGCAUCCGGGACUCUUCUCCUGAGAAGCGAGGAUCUGAAGAGAUUUCUGCUGACUACUACUACGGCUUCGGGGUUUUGAGGUCCGGUGACAAGACGAACCUGUGUCAAAAUAAGGACUAUCAGUUAUUGUGUCACGUCAAUUGUGGAGGUGACCACGUUUGUCUGAAUGGAAAAUGCUACUGCUUCACCGCCUUUACUAAUACGGUUGGAAAGUUGUACCCGGCUCUACUAACACCACAUAAAGGGCAAGAUUCUGGAGAAACCGCCGAUUAUGAGGGUGACGACGAAUUUGAUUCAGACCCAACGAAGAAACGAAAUUCAUUACGGCAUCAAAUAGCCCAUUUCUGCCCUAACCUUGAUAUAGCCAAGAAAUGUAUCAUGAAAUGCAUGGACGAAGGGAAACCAGCGUUUUGUGGUAAAGAUCACGUCUGCUACUGUGGACACCGAGACUCUCACACGAAAGGGGGGCCGAAAGUGGACGCCUAUAAGGAAUUCAAAGGAUUGUAUGAUAAGUAUCUUAUGGGAUUGGGUGCUAAAACAACUUCAACUGCGUAG